AAAACCCUGACGCAAUAUCUACCAGGUACACAACACAACAGUCAACAGAAAACCAACCGAAGAGAAACACAUUAAAAAAAAAAAAUGAAAUUCAGCGAGUCGCCGGUGAUCGAACUUCAGAUACGAGACAAGCUCCUCUCCAUCCAGCAGGACAAUGCCUCUAUGCACGUCGGCACCUCUGUCUGGCCCUGCUCUCUCGUCCUAGCUAAAUUCGCCGACCGCUGGGCCCCACCUACCACUGCUUCCGUGCCAAACCCCUACUCUUCCCUCUUCGACUUCCGCUCCAAGCCCCGCCGCGCAAUCGAGCUCGGCGUCGGCUGUGGUGCUGCUGGUAUGUCUUUCUACCUCCUCGGUCUUGCUGACCUCGUCCUUACGGACAUUGCGCCGGUCAUGCCCGCUCUGAAGCAUAAUCUGAAGCGCAACAAGCAAACACUAGGAAAGAUGCUGAAGAGCUCCAUCCUCUACUGGAACAAUCAGAAUCAGAUCAAGGCGUUAAAUCCGCCGUUCGAUGUCGUGAUUGCGGCUGAUGUAGUUUACAUUGAGGAGUCUGUGGGACAUCUAAUCGGUGCGAUGGAAGCCCUGGUGGCCGACGACGGAGUCGUUCUCUUAGGAUAUCAAUUGAGGUCGCCGGAGGCGGAUAAGAAGUUCUGGGAAAUGUCUGCAGAGGUUUUUGACAUCGAGAAGGUUCCGCACGAGGAUUUGCAUCCUGAAUACGCGUACGAAGAGAGCGACGUUUAUAUAUUUCGCAAGAAGAAGAUAUAGAUACACACUUUUUGGAUUAUUGCCUAGAUCCAACUAUUAUCUUUUGCUGUAUGCUUGGAUGAACUAAGAACUAGAGGUAUGAAUCAACCAAUGUAAUCCCAUUUUCUGCCUUUGAAUCAGGCUUCAUAUUUCAUCUUCUGUAUGAUCUUACUCUAAUAAAGUCUUCUGGGGAUCUGUGGUUGCUUGAGUUCCGCAAAGCUUAUGGUUGAGCUCUACCUGCAAUCAAGCUAACUUCAAAUAUCCUUAACACUUGCAUUUAAUUUAAAUCUCAUAUGUUAAGGCCCUGUGUUUCUUAGAAUAAAAUUUGCUCUGCUAGAUGGCGUUUAUGAACAUUUAUUAAGAAUAAGACAGUUAAUGCAAUAAUUCAGUCAUCUAGCUGUAAGCAUCUAAGGAAAAAAGUUUUUUCAAUUUGUGACAAUACCAAUUUUUUCCUUUGGAUAAUUUUGAUUUUAUUAUAUAUAUAUAUUUUACUUAUAAAAGUUGCA